AUGGCCGAGAGAAUCAAAUUCCUUGUCCAAAAGCGAACCUCUUUAAAAUCCCAAUUAACCAGUUUUUCGAAUCUCCUCGACAAAGGUGAAUUAAGUAACACUUCAUUGAAAUUACGAGUCUCGCGUAUAACCGACUUAUUUAACGCGUUCGAAGAGUACAACGACGAACUUGCUCUGGUAGAUCCAAGCGAUGUCCACCAAGACGAAUUUACCCAGAUUCAAGAGCGGUUUUUUGCUAUCGCGACUAGAGUUGACGACACCUUAAGCGCGGCGGGUUCAACAGUCAGCGGUUUAUCUAGUAUCGAUGCACGAAGCGAUAACGUUGAUAAUUCAACCAGGGCAAAAAAGCGGCGAAUGAAGCUGCCAGAUACGCCGCUGCCCACGUUCGACGGCAAGGUCGAGAAGUGGUUGUCAUUUAAAAACGCGUUUCACAAUAUGAUAGGGUCGCGAGAUGAUCUUUCCGAUGUAGAUAAGUUACACUAUCUGAAAUCAAGUUUGAAUGGGGAAGCGGCCAAUAAGACAAGGAUAUUCGAGAUCGACGGAAUAAAUUAUUCUAAGGCAUGGGAGUUAUUGCAACGGUCAUAUGAGGUUAAACGUAUUUUGAUUUCACGGCAUCUCUCUUUAAUCACAAGCAUGCCCGUAUUAGAAAAGGAAACAUCAGACGGCCUGUCCAAGCUCGCGGAUGAUAUCCAACAACACGUGGCCUUAUUAAACACGUUGGGAGUUUCCGUCGGUGCCGAAAUGCUCGUUCACGUGUUAGAAAGCAAGCUCCCAAGACGUACCUUGGAAAAAUGA